CUAACAUGCAAUUCAUUCAAUCAGGAAACAUGCUGUAUCAGGUGCCUGUUAUUCCCAAUGUUCAUAUACCAACAAGCGUACAAUACCUUCCACAAGCAACGCUGAACCCUCCAAUGAGAAUACACCUACCACAAGCACCUGUCAGUGCCCACACUACAACGGCCAACUACCACACUACAACGACCAACUACCACUCUGCUGCUCCAAGUCAACCCACGCCUACCAUGUCCACCAACAUUAGUCAGACUUCACAGGAACCACUUUCUGUGGCUGUAACAAGCAGAGAAAUGACAGCACCAGAUGACAGCAGAGAGGCACAGCAGUCAGGGAACAGCAUCAAAUCCUGUAACAGUUCCUUGGAUUCCACCGAGUUAAUGUUUGAUGAUGAUUGUGGAGUUUCUCCUGAGCUGCAGGACGAAAUAAAAAAGGUCCUGGAGACAAGACCAAAGGGAAUCUGGGCAUGCAGGCUGCCAUUCGAUUACAAGGAAAUGUUCCACAAGGAGCUGCCAUUCAAAGACUUGGGAUUCCACAGUGUGGUGGAGUUUGUGUCGACACUUCCGCAACAGCUUGUUGAGAUCCGACGCCCCAACAAGAAGGGAGACUGGCUCCUGCUUGGUGCUCAGUCCAAGACAGACCAACAAGAUGAUGUUGAGAGAAAGGUGAGAGGUGGUGUGGAAUCUAAACAAGGUCUGCAGAACCCCAAGGAGAACCAGAGUUUCCGGGAAAGCGUUCGGCAGGUGCUUCAGGCUCACCAGGAAGGGAUUCUCAUGCAGGAGUUCCCAGCUAAAUACAAGGAGAUGACUGGCCGGACGUUGAAGGACGAGAUUGCCUACUGUGGCUCCCUGGAAAAACUCUGUAUCUCUCUCACAGACGAUGUACUGCAGAUCAAUUACAAGGGGGAUGGCUGCCUCAUGCUGUAUGCCAUAUACUCCGACCUGACCCGGAAGUUUGACCAGCUGUUGGACACCUACCACCCCAUUGCUGUCUCAGAGCAGGCAACUCCAACCGUGCAGGAUAGUCUACCAGCAGAUGCUGUGGGACCAGGGUCAUACUACACACAACUCCCUCUGCCAGAUUUCUCUGACUACGUGGAAAUCUUUGUGUCCAACAUCGUCUCUCCUGGACUGUUCUGGACACAGUUCCGACAGCGGAACAACACCAUGGCUCUUGAAAGACUCAUGGAUGAUCUGGAGUUUUAUCGGAGCAGCAGUGGCAACCAAUACAAGGUUCCGGAGUCGCUGCUGGCUGUGGGGCAGGUGGUGGCCGUGUUGUUCCCGGAGGACCAGAACUGGCACCGUGGCAUCAUCACCAGCAUCAGAACCAUGGACUUCGUCGACGUAUACUACGUCGACUACGGCAACACCUGCUCUGUGCAGAAGAAGACGCUUCGACUACUGCGGUCACGCUACCUCAAGCUUCCCGCCCAGGCAGUUCAAGCAAGACUAGCCAACAUACAACCUUCAGGGGAGAAAUGGACUGAACAGGCAAAGCUUGAGAUGUUGAAGAUUUGUAUGAACAAACCGAUGAUAGCACUGGUGACUUCUCAGAAGAGUCGCGUACUGUCCAUGUGUCUGACGGACACCACCUCAGAUGUCGACCUCCACGUUAACGACCACUUAGUUCAUGAGGAAUACGCUUUGUUCAGCCCUGACGAGCUGCAGACAGUCCCUCUGUACCCAGAAAACCUGAGAGAGGUGCCUGACGAUGCUCUCAUAUAUGGCAUCAUAUCUGGUGGCUCACCAGGUGGCGCUGCCACGGCUACUGGAGGCCAAGCUGAAAGUGCUGGAUCGAUCAGAAGGAGGCAGUCCAAGAUUUGUUCGUCCAAUGGAGUUGACCCCUGCUCUGUGUGUUCACGUGAUCAACUGGGAGGCCGAACCAUGGAUCAUCUCGGCAGAAAUAUCAGCUCUAUUCUGGGAAGAGGAUAUUCUCCGAUCAAUGCUGCAGACAAAGCAUUUGCUUGUAAAGAAACAAGUCCUCAGCCAGUCCGACUACCCCCAUCUGUUCCAGGACCUGCUGUUCUAUGGAGUGAAGUCGAUGAGUGAACACAAGACCUACAUUACCAUCUAUGCACUGAGAGGAUUGCCAGACAUCUUGGAUGCCUUCUCUCAUCCGAAUACAAGAAUCAAAACACGAGGUGGGAAGAGAUCAUCCGAGAUUUUGAUCCCAAUGAUCUCUACUGGCA